CAAAAAACCUCCUUAAACAACAUACAUUUCAUAAUCCAAUCCAAAACCCACUUCAAUCAUUUUCUCAUUUCAUAAAAAAUUCACACACAAAAAAAAUGUUGUUCUCACCCCGACUACUAUCCUAUACUAUACUCAUAACCUUGCUUACUAUCCAUGGAUCUAAUUCGCAACAAACUUACGUACACAAUCGACAACUCGACUGCGAAAACGCUUACGAUACCGCUCUCGGUUACACUUGCACUUCCGCAUCCACUCCUUCUUGUCAAUCUUACCUCACCUUUCGAUCACAACCACCUGCUUACAACACGCCUGACGCCAUCGCAGCCCUUCUCGACUCCAACCCGAAUGAUAUUACAUCGCUUAAUGAAUUUUCUUCCAACUCGGCUAUCAUUCCAGCUGACACUGUGGUGUUAGUCCCUAUUAGUGACUGUUCUUGUGUAGGGAACCGGUUUUAUCAACAUAAUUCUAGCUAUUCCAUUAGAUUUAGGAAUGAAACUUAUUUUUCGCUUGCGAAUAAUACUUUUGAAGGGUUGACUACUUGUCAAGCCAUGAUUUCUCAGAAUUCUUUAGAUUAUCGGAAUUUAGCCAUCGGUGAUAACGUCACGAUUCCGCUAAGAUGUGCGUGUCCAACAGCCAACCAAACGGCUGCCGGGAUAAGGUAUUUGGCAACUUAUUUGAUCACAUGGGGCGACACGAUUGAAUAUAUGUCCCAGAUUUUUGGGAAUGUUGGUGGACAGAGGAUAUUAGAUGCAAACGAGCUUAAUGCUACAGACGUUGUAUUUCCCUUUACGCCUAUUUUGAUCCCUCUUACAACCCGACCCACAAAGAUCAAUGCGUCUGUAGCUCCUGCACCGCCGCCUUCUUCACCAACGAUUCCAGUAACACCGGACACCGGUGGGAGCUCGUCAAAUACCGGGGUUUUUGUCGGUGUUGGAAUUGGUGUCGGUUUGCUGGUACUUGUUUUGGUUUCCGGGGUUCUUUUUUGGUUCUUUAGGAGAAGAAAGAGUCAACAAAAGCAUACUUACAAUCUCCCUCCAGCAAAAAAGUCUCCUAACUCUAUGGAGAUAACGCCAGAGAGUAAUUCGUGGUCGAUUUCAGCUGAAGGGCUUCGAAUCGCGAUAGAAUCUUUAACGGUUUAUAAGUACGAGGAACUACUGAAGGCUACAGGGGAUUUCUCAGAGGAAAACAGAGUGAAAGGAUCGGUUUAUAAGGGGAUUUUCAAUGGGGAUCUUGCAGCUGUGAAGAUUAUGAAAGGGGAUGUUUCCGGUGAGAUCAAUAUACUCCAACAGAUCAAUCAUUCGAACAUAAUUAGACUCUCGGGAUUCUGCUUGCAUCAAGGGAAUACGUAUCUAGUUUACGAGUUUGCUGACAAUGGAUCACUAAGUGACUGGCUGCACUCGUCCUUCAAGAGCAUGAAGUACGAUAUGGUUUUGGAAUGGAAACAAAGAGUUCAAAUUGCACAUGAUGUUGCGGAUGCAUUGAAUUACCUGCACAAUUUUGUUAAUCCACCAUACAUUCACAAGAAUUUGAAAAGCAGUAAUGUGUUGUUAGAUGGUAAUAUGAGAGGGAAAAUAACGAAUUUUGGGUUGGGAAGAAGCAUGGAUGACAACGGCGAUGGAGAACUUCAGUUGACUAGGCAUGUUGUCGGGACGUUUGGUUACAUGCCACCAGAAUACAUUGAAAAUGGCUUGAUUACGCCUAAAAUGGAUGUGUUCGCUUUGGGUGUGUUGAUCUCAGAGCUCUUAUCUGGUAAAGAAGCUGCCACUAGGCCGAAUGAGGAUGAGAAGGAUAAGGAUGAGGUGGUGGUACAGCAGGGACAGCUGUCGGAGCUGAUUAAAGAGGUUGUUAAAGGGGAAAAUGUGAGAGAUAAACUGGCAGAGUUUAUGGACGGGAGCUUAAGGGAUGAGUAUCCGGUGGAGUUGGCUUAUUCUAUGGCAGAGCUAGCUAGCAAAUGUGUGGCAGCUGAUCUAAAUGACCGGCCGUCUGUGGCAGAGGUGUUUGUGACGCUAUCUAAGAUAUUGUCGUCUUCUUUAGACUGGGAUCCAUCUGAUGAGCUUGAACACUCCAGAUCGCUUAGCCAUGGCAGAUAAUCAUAAAAACCUUAAGUUGGUAUAAUCUAAUGUUUUUUUUUUGUUUUGUUUUGAUUAGUCUAAGUGUGUACUGUAAAAGAAGAGAUAAAAAUCACGAAUAAUUCAAUGCUCCAAAAGACAUUAUAUAAGGUUAUCGAAUAAGCUGUAUUUGGGAUACUUAACUGGACUACUGGAGAGCCAAGGUUGGUACCUGUGAAAUUGAUCCAAAGAGACCAAAAGAUGUUGAAGUACAGAUCUAUGUAGAUACUGAGAAUUUACUUUUUGUUAA